AUGAGGAUUCUUAGCUGGGAUUUGAGUGUGGAAGAAGUUGGCAAACGUUCUGUCUUGGUGAUCAACGUUGAUCCAAUGCGUGGGCCACGAAAACUGGAGGUUGUGGAGAUCAAAUCCAGACAAAUCACUGUUUGCUGGGAACCUUUUGGGUACAAUGUCACCCGUUGCCACCGGUACAACCUGACGGUUCACUACCGCUACCAGGCUGGAGGACAGGAGCAAGUGAGAGAAGAAGUGAGCUGGGACACAGAAAGUUCACAUCCCCAGCACACAAUCACCAAUUUAUCCCCCUACACCAACGUCAGCAUCAAAUUGGUGCUGAUGAAUCCUGAGGGACGGAAAGAAAGCCAAGAGCUUGUGGUACAGACUGAUGAAGAUGUCCCGAGUGCUGUGCCUCUUGAAUCCAUCCAAGGAAGCACCUUUGAAGAGAAGAUUUUCCUUCAGUGGAGGGAGCCAGCCCAAACAUAUGGUGUGAUUACUUUGUAUGAGAUCACCUACAAAGCAGUCAGUUCCUUUGACCCCGAAAUAGACCUGUCCAACCAGAGCGGGCGCGUCUCCAAGCUGGGCAACGAAACACACUAUCUCUUUUUUGGGCUCUAUCCUGGCACCACCUACUCCUUCACCAUCAGAGCCAGCACAGCAAAGGGCUUCGGGCCUCCCAUCACCAACCAGUUCACCACUAAAAUAUCAGCACCCUCUAUGCCACCGUAUGAACUUGAAACACCUUUGAAUCAAACUGACAGCACUGUGACAGUCCUGCUGAAACCUGCACAGAGCAGAGGAGCUCCUGUCAGGUACUGGGGGGGGAAAUCUCCACAAAAUUAA